AUGUACUCAUAUCCACAUUCUGAGAAGGAAAGGAAUAUCAAGGAAUGUGAUGUAUAUGCAUAUACUAUACAAGAAAUAUUGGACAACCAUAAAAGGUCAUUCAGAGAUUUAUAUGUUACACUAUCAAGAGAAAAUCAAGAUAAAUAUGAUAACAGAAUCGCAGAGGAAAAGUUAAAAAUGAGCAAUAAUUUACUUAAUACCUAUUCAACAUUUAAAACUUCUAAUAGUAUUUAUAUUUCAUUCGAAUCAUCCAGUCUAAUUCUGGAUACGUACAAGGAAAAGAUGAGAACUAUAUUUGAGGAAAGGAAAGCAAAUUAUCAACUCCAUACUUACCUUGAAAAGUUGCAAGUUAUGGUGAAUAACUUGCCAUCAUACACCAUACCAAGUAGAUUCCCUUUAAUUUUCAAACAAAUUCAAGAUUGUCCAUGCAAACCUAAAUGGACCUUUUUGGUUGAUUAUUUUGAUCAACUAAAUAAUUUGAGUAGUAAUAUUAUUGAAUUCUCAACUAGAGUCUUUGAAACUGGCCAAGUUGAUGAUAAUGUUGAAAUUCUUUAUAUGGAAAUGGAAGAUUUAAUACAAAAAGUGUUACAUCCAAAUGAUAAUACCACCAAUCAAGCACUCUAUAUUGCUGGCUUAUGGCCACGAGUAACAAAGACCAAUAUUUUAAAAUUACUAUUAGAUGACCAAACUAAUCAAAAAUUGAAAAAUUUAGUUGGUUGUUAUGGAGUUUUAAUAACAUUAUUGCAAAGAGCUGAAAGAUUAAAAGCUUUAGAGUAUUCCAAAAUGACAACACUUCAUUCAAGAGAAUUAGAAAACAAGGGUCAUGAAAAUUGGAAGCCAUCUGACCAUCCAUAUUGGUUAAUAUUAGAAAUAGAAAUGAAUAUAAUGAUUAGACCAGUUCAAGUUAGAGUUGCAAAUCAUAUGAUUCAUUCACAUAAUAAUAUGGUAAUGGUAUGUAUAAUUUAUUAA